AUGGCACAGUUAAUCAUUGAAUGUAAGUUAUUCUUGUGGGAUGAAGCAUCAAUGGCAAAAAGAGACACUAUUCAGGCAUUUGACGAAUUGUUGAAAGAUCUAAUGGAGACUAGCGAUCCUUUUGGAGGUAAAGUUGUAGUUUUCGGGGGCGAUUUUCGCCAAACUCUCCCCGUUAUUCAAGGGGCUACCAAGGACCAGCUAAUUCAGGCUAGCCUCCUGCAUUCUUCAUUAUGGUCUAGUAUGCACAAAAUAAAGCUAAAACAUAACAUGAGGGCUGUCUUAGAUCCUGCCUUUUCGCGGUUCUUGCUCGCUGUUGGGGAAGGUGCAGAACCUGUUGAUGCAGAUAACCAGAUUUGUUUACCAGGUCAUAUGGUUAUACCAUUCCACAAUAUAAAAGAUUCUUUAGACAGGCUGAUAGCUUACACGUUUCCAGAUUUGAAUCUCUACUCAUCUAAUCCGUAUGAGAUGAUCAGUAGAUGUAUUUUAACCCCAAAAAACACCUCUGUUGAAGACAUCAAUGAAAUGAUGAUUCAAAGGUUUCCUGGACAGCUUUUUACUUAUACAAGCUCUGACCAAACUGUUGAUCAGAGAUUCCAGGUAGAUUAUGAGGACUUUUUGAAUUCUCAAAAUCCAAAGGGUCUUCCUCCACACAAGCUCAUGCUAAAAGAAAGCUGUCCCUUAAUCUUGCUCAGAAAUCUAAAUCCAGCUGAAGGAUUGUGCAAUGGCACAAGACUUAUUUGUCGGCAGCUAAGACGGCACACUAUCUGUGCUGAGAUAGCUUUUGGUCAGCAUAAAGGGAAGAAGAUUUUCAUUCCCAGGAUCCCAUUGCAGACACCUGAUAAUGAAAAAAAUGGGAUUCCAUUCAUCAGAAGACAAUUUCCAGUUCGCCUUUGUUUUGCAAUGACAAUUAAUAAGGCUCAAGGCCAAACUCUUGACUAUGUUGGUGUAUAUCUAAAGGAGCCCGUAUUUUCUCAUGGCCAACUAUACGUUGCCCUGUCCAGAGCAAAAACUGCUGAUGCAGUUAAAGUCCUCAUACUCCCAGGAACUUUUGCUGAAAUCAAAACUGACUGUAAAACAAGAAAUAUUGUGUUUGAUGAAAUAUUGCAGUUGUCUAAUUGA